AUUCUCCUGCUGUUUAUAUGUGUGGCAGUAGUUUCAGGCAAGUCCAAGAAAGGUGGAGACUUCCCUGCACAAUAAUCAUUUCAAACAUAGGUUUGGUAAGCUGCUAUUCAAGGCGAAUGGCUUAACUUGCAUAUCGGUAGUGAAUUUUCAAAAAGCACCUUGGCUUAGUAAAUACACAUAGCUAGCUAGCAUUCAAGCUGCUAGCUAACGCAAGAAAACGGAUAGCAGAUUCCAAACAUCUGAUAGCGACAUUGAAGGACAUUAUGGUAGAGGUUGUGGUUGAGUAUGAGUAUGAUGCCCUCCAUGAAGAUGAGCUGACCCUAAGGCUGGGAGAUGUGAUCAGGAAUGUCCGCAGGAUCGAGGAGGAGGGAUGGAUGGAGGGAGACCUCAACGGGAAGAGAGGACUCUUCCCUGACAACUUCGUCAAGGAGGUAAAGGAUCCCAAGGAGGUGAACGUGACAAAGGAGGAGGCCGAGGAGGAGCUGCCCCAGCGGAGAGAGAAGAGUGCAGGGAACGUGGCCAACCUGGUCCAGAGGAUGAGCACCUACGGCAUCCCAGCUGGGGGCUUCCAGCCACACUCACAGCCCCGUGGACUCAAGAAGAUGUCUAAGAAGCGGCAGUGCAAGGCGCUGUUUGAUUACAUGCCCCAGAACGAGGAUGAGCUCGAGCUGAAGAUUGGGGAUACCAUCGACAUCGAUGAGGAGGUAGAGGAAGGCUGGUGGAGUGGAACCAUGAAUGGAAAAUCGGGACUGUUCCCCUCCAACUUCGUCAAAGAGAUUGAGACGAACGAAGAUGAAGAAACGAACGACGUAAUAGAUGAAACUGACGUAAGCGGUAAAGAAGCUCUGCUUCUCCCCACCCCCACCCCCCCCAUCCACCCCUCUCCAGGCAACGGAGUGAUCGCCCAGCCCAAGAAGAUCCGGGGGGUGGGCUUCGGGGACAUCUUCAGGGAAGGUUCAGUCAAGCUGAAGGUCCGCCUGCCCAGCUCAGAGGGAGAAGAGAAGAAAGACAAACCAAUCCCAUCAUUACCAUCUGCCGCAAAGCCCGCCCAUUCCAACACGACAGAUUCACAGAAAGCAGAGGGGGACAGCAAAGCAAAAGUAAAAGAAUACUGCAAGGCCACCUUUGCUUUUGAGUCCACAAACGAAGACGAGCUGACACUGAAAGAUGGCGACGUAAUACAAAUAUUGAGUAAGGACACUGGGGAGCCGGGGUGGUGGAGAGGGGAGAUCGGAGGUAAAGAGGGUGUCUUUCCUGACAACUUUGUGGCUGUUAUGUCAGAUGAAGACAAAGAGCCAGCUCCCACAUCAAGAGGAUCAGUCAAACUGUCUCCCAAGCAGGAAGCAGAAGAGAGACUCAAGAAGCCGCCGCCACCAUCAAAAAGCAUAGCUCGAAAACCUGAGGUCCCGAGCGCCGACAAGAAGCCCCAGCAUCCCCAUCCUGAGGAUAGAGGUGACAAGACAGAUCACAAAGUGUCAAAGCCUACUGCCCCUCUGGUCCCCCCCAAGAAGCCCGUACCCCCGCCAAGCAAGGGAAGACCAGCCAGCCUCCCUCCAAAACGACCAGACAAGCCUCUCGCACCCUCCCCAGGGUCCAAGCACAAUGGAGAGGUGCCUUCCACGCGACCAAAGUCUGACAUUGAGCCAACAUUACCCACUAAAUCAAAAACGCUGUCCGGUGACUGGGGGGACAAAGCCCUUGACAUGGAACUGAUGAGCUUUGAUCUGUCGUCUACCUCUGAGAAGCUGUUUCACCCCACCGCUAACAGGCCAAAGAUGCCAGGCAGGAGGCUGCCCGCUCAGUUUGGAGGAGGCCACUCGCUAAACAAGGACAUCAGCGUGGAGAAAACCUUAAAGUUGGACGAGGAGGAAGCACCCAAACCAAAGUUGAUAGACCCAACAAAGCCUUCCAUGCACAGCUCACACUCCCAGUCUCCUGUCCUUAAGCCCAGCCCAUCCCUGUCGGAGGGGUCAAAAGCCUACCUGGUGUCGUUCCCUGGCUGCAGAAGCCCCAGCCCUAGCUUCAGCCGAAGCCACAGCCCAGGCCCCGGCACAGAGCCCAAGCCCAGGGCAGAGCCAGAGGAGCAGAGGUCUGAGCUGGAGGACCUCCAAUCCCAGAUGAAAGAACUGCUGCUGUCUGUGGAGCUCCUCAAGACGCAGCAAAUGAGAGAGAUGGCAGAGCUAAGAAGCGAGCUGGAUGAGGAGAAGUUGAAACGAGUGGCCCUGCAGAUGGAGAUAGAGAAAUUAAAGAGGACAGUUCAGUCGACGUGAAGUCUGACCCAAUCAGCCUGGAACAUCAUUCACCGAUCUGUCUUUCCCUGACCCCGCUGGGCAGAGACUCAGGAGGGGGACGAUGGCAUUCCUAUAAUCCUUUUAGAUGUCAACCUAUUCCACAUUUGUAAGAUUUACAUUUUUGCACAUGAAGGUUUUCUAGUUAUAUAAAGGUGUAAUUAAAUACGGAUGUAUAUGUUUUUUUGUUACAUUCUAGUUUCUGUUUUGUUUUGCCAACAUAAAUGAUUGAGGCCUUUCUACUGUGCUGGACUGGCAUUCUCUAUGGGAAUGUGUGAGGAUUGCUCUCAAUACUACUACUGAUUCUGUAUGACGCGAUAGUUUUUAUUAGCGUUUGUUUUCUUAUUUUUUACGACUUCCAAGUAGUUGAUUUUAAGUAUCCAUGUUAGCAUCUUUAGAUCAUAAUGAAUGAUAUUGUGAUUUGUCAGUUGCUAUGGCGGUGUUGUACUCCAUUGCUUUGGCAUUAGGGAGAUUUUCUUUUCUUUUUUCCUAACAUUCCUAUCCAGGGUAUCACUAUUGUGCCUGUUAAAAAAAUCUUAGUGUUAAUAUUGGUAGCUUACAUUUAUCAAAAGGUUUAGGCUUGCUGCAUGAUAUAUUUUUUUAAGUCUACUGACGAUGUGCUUACACAGAGGGACGUUUUUCUCUUGUACAAUUUAUGUGAGAAGGUUCUCCCAGAAAGAGCAAUUAGAGUCAUUGUACAGGUGUAUAAUAUAGAUCCUAUAUGUAGUACCAUCAAAUACAGCCAAUAAUAGCCAUACUUGAAAAGAGCACCAGUGAUUUACGGGCUAAAACUCCAUUUUAUUUCAUGCCACUGUAAAGAUUGUGGCUUACUCAUUGAUUGUUGUUCUCCUGUACGCCAAAUGCUCUGACCCCUCUUUUAUGAACUGGGUUAGCAAGCUCUCCUACUCUUUCUCUGUAAAGGAAAGCCAUGUGUACUUUAAAGAGUGAGCAAUCUCUUUCCAUCCUCCCAGGUGAGACCUGAAGUCCUGUAUAGUCUUUAUGCUUUGACCAAGUACAAACAUGGAGCGUGGAGGUUAACUGGACAGUACACAGUAGCUCUGCCAUUUCUCAGUACUGUAAGUGAGAGGCUGAAUGGAAAGGCAUUAGGGAAGAGAUCUACUUCAUACAGAAUGGUUAAGCUCUGCACCAUUGAAACAUCUGUUGUGACUGUCGAAUGGUAUUGGAGGACUCCGACACCCUGCUAGAGUUUAAGUUGAAAGCCUUAAAGAUGGACCCAACAUUAGCGUGAGCAGGGUGAACUCCUGGAAGGAGUUCACGCAAGGUGUUUUUGAUGGUAUACAUUCUGUGUACCGCUCAGACAAAUCAUGAAAGAAAUCGCCUUUGAUAAAAAAGCAUCGGUUGCAUCUAUUUUAUGCAGCAAUUUGAUGAUUCUUAACGUGUUACUUAACCAUGAUGAUCAGAAGGAUGUUUGCCUCGACUCCAGAUCCUCCUGAACACUAUGGAUGGCCUUCUGUCUGCAUCCUUCUGCAUAUUAUAUUUUAGCAAGUGAAUUAUUGCUUUACAUUUUGAGUAUAUAGUACCAAUCAAAGUUUGGACACACCUACUCAUUCCAGGGUUUUUAUUUUAUUUUUGCUAUAUUGUAGAAUAAUAGUGAAGACAUGAAAACUGAAAUAACACAUAUGGAGUCAUGUAGUAACCAAAAGUAUUAAACAAAUCAAAAUAGAUUUUAGAUUCUUCAAAGUUGUCACCCCUUGCCUUUCUUUACUUUGAGGAAUCUAAAAUGUAUUUUGAUUUGUUUAAUACUUUUGGUUACUACAUGAUUCCAUAUGUGUUAUUUCAAAGUUUUGAUAUAUAUAUAUAUACUGAUCUCACAAAAUGUCUUAUCCAGGAAAUAUGUUGUCCUUCACAAGAGUACACCAAGCUGUGUACUAUCCUCAGGCUUAUCUUACCCCUUAAAAGAAAGCAUUCCUGAUCACGGGCUGUGUGUCCAUGUGUAUAUGCAUGGAAGGAAGCCUGAGAGCCUGUGUGUGUGUCUGAGGUUGGAUUUUAGGUUUGUAAGUGUGUUUAGCCUGGUUGACAUGCUGAUCCCCAAAGCAAUAAGAAUCUGUAAUGUCUCGUUUCCAUCCCCCCAUGUUUCACAUGGCUACAUUCUAAGUUGAGGUUGACUAAAGAGAUAAUCAUGCAAAGGUAUAUACAGUAUGUAUAUAUAAAGAAAAGGCUAUCCAUGUAACGGUUAUUUGGCUUAAUUACUGUACAUUCCAUUAUUUGAUGCAAAGAAAAUAGGAAAUAUGUGCACAUUUAACAUCUUCCAGUGAUCUUGUUUACAUGUGCUGUGAAAUUGCAUGAAAUUAGAUUUUUUUUCCUAAAUGAAUAAAUAUCUUUAUUUACA